UUCGUUGCCGAAAAGAAAUGGCGGGAAAUUCGCGUUCAGCUCACCUGUUUACACCUUACAGGUAUGGAAGAAUCGAUCAUCAAGGGAACACUAAUUGAAAGAAUACUCGUUUUGUUUUUGUCGAUAAUUUUUGUUUUUGAACAUUGUUCAGCCAAAAAUAUCGACAUCGACUUGAAUUUGGCACCAGAAUGGAAACGAGAAAUUACCCAGAGAGCGUCGGAUUACGUGGACCAUAUCAUCCUUCCAUUUGUUUCUAAAGAACUCAAUGAUUUAACAGUGCCCAAUCUUUCUGGAACCAUCAAAACUCCUCUAGGAAAUGUGCAGUAUGACCUGAACAAGAUCAACUUGUCCAAUGUAGUGAUUAAGAAGACCAAUGUUUCACUAUUAGCUGAUCAUGGGUUACGGCUUUCAGCCAACGAAGCCUCAGGAAAUAUAGCAGCUAAUUGGCACUACAAAGAGAACUCUUGGCCUCACAUCUCUGAUUCAGGAUCAUGUGACCUGUCAAUCAAAGACCUGUCACUUGGAAUGGCUUUCUAUGUUGAUGGUAACUUGGAAGAGAAGAAGGGAAAAGUCAGUGCAAAGGACUGUACAAUGAAAAUUGGCUCAGUACAUAUUAAGUUUAAAGGAGGUGCAAGCUGGUUGUAUAAUUUGUUUGCUGAUGGCUUUGCAUCAAGCCUCAAAGACCAACUCUCUGCUCAGAUCUGCAAGACUGCAAUUGGCCUGAUUAGUUCUAAAGCUACUCAAGCCUUAGACAAUUUUCCUUCAAUUAUGAGGAAGUUUCGUGGAGGGCAAGAAUGAGUCGAAGAAUUUGAGAGAAAAUCCUAAUCUAACAUUUGUUCCAGAGCACUUUUAUUUUUGCUUUUGAAAAAAAAA